UUUUCCCUGAGUCACUAGUGUAAAUUAAUGAUGUCAUAUCAGGAAGUCCUGAAGGUUGUAUUUCCCUUAUUGGAUGGCAAGGACCUUGCUUCAUGUAUGCAGGUAUGCAAACAGUGGAGAGAUAUUGCAAGAGAUGGUUAUUUCUGGAAAUGCUUAUGUGCCAAGAGAUGGCCUUCAAUCUGCAAGAGGCCAACUACUCCCCCUGUAUCCUAUCAAAAGCUCUUCCAGAUGUUCUCUAAACGCCACCGUAGCAAAACUCUUCCUCCCCCUAGACUCUCCUUCGAUAACUUGGAGUUCUACAUAGACAUAUGGGCUGAAGAGAGAGUAAUCUUCUCAGAAGUGGUCCCAGGCUCUGUCCUUCGAGAUGGGAUCAAAGACCUGCCUCCAUGUGAAAUGCUGAGGUUCCACCUUGAGAGUCCUGAUUACAAGAUGAUAAUACCUGUUGAGCCAAAGUUCAGCAUUCCUCUGUGUCAGACCAUCAGUGUUUCUGUGCUUGUGGGUCGGAGUGAUACUAACAAGGUGGCUUGCAUAGUCUACAAAUCCUUGUUUGAUUACAUAGAUCGGACAGCAUACAGGGCCCUUGCUUUUGAUUACCUUGAAUUCUCCCCUGAACACCCAUUCAUCUCAGGCAUCCGCGCCUGGGUUUCCUUGCUCUUCAUGGAGGAUGGGGGUGAUGGGCUUAUUGAUGUUUUUGGAAUUGAGUUGGACUUCUGUGAUGUUGCGAACUCUGAAGAGAAGGUUUUGUGGCUUUUAGACAUGCUUGACUGGAAAUGAGAGGUAU